UUCUUCUUCCCUUCAAGGGCGAGGGUUUUAUUCCCCUCUUUUCUGCCCAGAAGUCUCCCAAACAAAAGAGUUCUGGGCACCUCAUCAUCUCAAGAACCUGCAAGCCUUGAACAGAACCCCUGCCCUGGGAGAAGACUUCUAACUUGCCAGGCUUUCCCCAUUCCAGGACGGCAGCAGGCAGCACCAUUCAGCAGGGAAGGGGCCUGCAGAGGAGCCAGGCAGAGCACUGAGUCCCUGCCGCCAUGGAAAGUGCCUGGCUGGGCAGGCUCAUUCUGGGAUGGACCGUGCUGGCAUCCAUGAGUCCAGUCCAGGGCCAAUAUGAAGGGGACUUGCAGAUUGAUCGAUUCGGGGGCUAUGAGGAGAAGCACCCGCCCAGCCGAGUGAGACGACGAGGCUCUGACACUUUACGAGGGCCAAAUGUGUGCGGUUCCCGGUUCCACUCGUACUGCUGUCCUGGCUGGAAAACACUCCCCGGAGGAAACCAAUGUAUCGUCCCGAUUUGCCGGAACUCCUGUGGGGAUGGAUUCUGCUCCAGGCCCAACAUGUGCACUUGUUCCAAUGGACAGCUGUCUCCUAACUGCGGCUCUGGUGGAGUGCAAACCUGUAGUGUGAGAUGUAUGAAUGGCGGCAGCUGCAGCGAAGAAGCCUGCCUGUGUCAGAAAGGCUUCACCGGGACAUACUGUGGACAGCCCGUCUGUGAAAAUGGCUGCCAGAACGGGGGUCGCUGCAUUGGCCCCAACCGCUGUGCCUGCGUCUAUGGCUUCACCGGGCCCCAGUGUGAGAGAGAUUACCGCACAGGACCUUGCUUCAGCCAGGUCAACAACCAGAUGUGCCAGGGACAGCUGAGCGGCAUCGUCUGCACCAAGACCAUGUGCUGUGCCACCAUCGGGAGAGCCUGGGGCCACCCCUGUGAGAUGUGCCCAGCGCAGCCACAUCCCUGCCGUCGUGGCUUCAUCCCCAACAUCCGAACCGGGGCCUGCCAGGAUGUGGAUGAGUGCCAAGCCAUCCCCGGCCUGUGCCAGGGGGGGAACUGCAUCAACACCGUGGGCUCCUAUGAGUGUAAAUGCCCCGCAGGCCACAGGCAGAGCGAGACCAGCCACAAGUGUGAAGAUGUGGAUGAGUGCAGCACCAUCUCUGGAGCCUGUGACGGGGGAGACUGCACCAACACUGUGGGGAGCUACGUCUGCACCUGCCCCCGGGGUUUCAUCACCAGCCCAGAUGGGGCCCGCUGCCUCGAUCAGCGGGUAGGCACGUGCUUCUCAGCCCUGAUCGGGGGCCGCUGUGCCGGGGAGCUGCCGGGCCACUACACCAGGAUGCAGUGCUGCUGUGACUCCGGGCGCUGCUGGGCCCUGGGACCGACGCCAGAGAUGUGUCCCGUCCGAGGCUCUGAUGAGUACCGCCGGCUGUGUAUCGAGGGGCUCCCCGUACUGCCUGCCUUCCCCGGCCACUUCCCUGGGCUUCCAGGCUUCGGGCCCAACGGCAUGGGACCUGGCAUCGGUGGGCCGGGUGGACAUGGCCCUAACGGUGCCAAUGGGCAAGGUGGCAUCCCCGGACUGCCUGGCAUGGGCCCCGGCAGCUCCAGCAUUGGCACUGCCACCCUGAACCAGACCAUCGACAUCUGCAAGCACUUCACCAACCUUUGCCUCAAUGGACGCUGCAUCCCCACCCCGUCCAGCUACCGCUGCGAAUGCAACAUGGGCUACAAGCAGGACGUGCGAGGAGAGUGCAUUGACGUCGAUGAAUGCUCCAGCAGCCCUUGUGUGCACGGGGACUGUGUCAACACACCUGGCUCCUACCACUGCAAGUGCCAUGACGGCUUCCAGAGCACCCCCACCAAGCAGGCCUGCAUAGACAUCGACGAGUGCAUCCUUAACGGUGUCAUGUGCCGCAACGGCCGAUGCGUCAACACCGACGGCAGCUUCCAGUGUGUCUGCAACGCCGGCUUUGAGAUCACCCCUGAUGGCAAGAACUGUGUGGACCAUGAUGAGUGUGCUACAACAAAUAUGUGCCUGAAUGGGAUGUGCAUAAACGAAGACGGCAGUUUCAAGUGCAUCUGCAAACCUGGCUUCGUGCUGGCCCCCAAUGGGCGCUACUGUGUGGACGUCGACGAGUGUGAAACGCCGGGCAUCUGCAUGAACGGCUGGUGCAUCAACACAGAGGGCUCCUUCCGCUGCGAGUGCCUGGGCGGACUGGCCAUCGGGGUGGACGGCCGGGUCUGUGUCGACACCCACAUGCGCAGCACCUGCUACGGUGCCAUCAAGAAGGGCACCUGUGCCCGGCCCUUCCCCGGGGCUGUCACCAAGUCCGAGUGCUGCUGCGCCAACCCCGACCAUGGCUUUGGGGAGCCCUGUCAGCCCUGCCCGGCCAAGAACUCUGCUGAGUUUCAGGCCCUGUGCAGCAGUGGCAUCGGCAUCACCGCGGAUGGCCGAGACAUUAACGAGUGUGCCUUGAAUCCCGACAUCUGUCCCAACGGCGUCUGUGAGAACCUGCGAGGGAGCUACCGCUGUAUUUGCAACCUGGGCUAUGAGUCCGACAGCACUGGCAAGAACUGCGUGGAUGUGGACGAGUGUGCCGUCAACCGGCUGCUGUGUGACAACGGGCUGUGUCGCAACACCCCCGGCAGCUAUGCUUGCACUUGCCCCUCGGGCUUCGUCUUCAAGACCGACACUGACACCUGCGAAGACAUCAACGAGUGCCUCUCCAACCCCUGUGUGAAUGGACUGUGCCGGAACAACGCUGGCUCCUUCGCCUGCGAGUGCUCCCCUGGGAGCAAGCUGGCGGCCUCGGGCACCAUUUGUGUGGACAGCAUGAAGGGUACCUGCUGGCUGAACAUCCAGGAUGGGCGCUGCGAGGUCAACAUCAACGGUGCCACCCUCAAGUCAGAGUGCUGUGCCACCCUGGGCGCAGCCUGGGGCAGCCCCUGCGAGCGCUGCGAGAUUGAUCCUGCCUGUCCCCGUGGUUUUGCACGUAUGAAGGGCCUGUCUUGUGAAGAUGUGAACGAGUGCGAGGUCUUCCCGGGCAUCUGCCCCAACGGCCGCUGCCUCAACACAGCUGGCUCCUUCCGCUGCGAGUGUCCGGAGGGGCUGACCCUGGACGGGACUGGGCGGACGUGUGUGGACACCCGGGUGGAGCAGUGUUUCAUGCGCUGGGAGGAGGACGAGUGUGCGGCGCCCCUCCCCGGCAAGUACCGCGUGGAUGUGUGCUGCUGCUCCGUCGGCUCUGCCUGGGGCACUGACUGCGAGGAGUGCCCGGCCCCGGGAUCUGCCCAGUUCAAGGCCAUCUGUCCCCGGGGGCCCGGCUUUGCCAACAGAGACUUCCUGUCGGGCAGGCCCUUCUACAAAGAUGUGAACGAGUGUAAAGUCUUCCCCGGCCUGUGUACCCACGGGACCUGCCGCAACACCAUCGGCAGCUUCCGUUGUCUCUGCGGGAACGGUUUCGCCCUGGACGCGGAGGAGAGGAACUGCACGGACAUUAAUGAAUGUCACAUCUCUCCGGACCUGUGCGGCCACGGCACUUGCGUCAAUACUCCGGGCAGCUUCGAGUGCGAGUGCUUCGACGGUUACGAGAGUGGCUUCAUGAUGAUGAAGAACUGCAUGGACAUCGAUGAGUGCGAGAGGGACCCACUCCUGUGCCGAGGUGGCACCUGUGCCAACACAGAUGGCAGCUACCAAUGUCUGUGUCCCCCAGGACAUGAGCUGACACCCGAGGGCAAUGCCUGCGUGGACGUGAACGAAUGCUCCCUGAGCGACAACCUUUGUCGCCACGGCCGCUGUGUCAACAUCAUUGGCACCUACCAGUGCUCCUGUGACUCGGGAUUCCAGGCCACGCCAGACCGGCAGGGCUGUGUGGACAUUGACGAGUGCAGCAUCAUGAACGGUGGCUGUGACACCCACUGCACCAACACAGAGGGCAGCUACCAGUGCAGCUGCAGCGAGGGCUAUGCUUUGAUGCCUGAUGGGAGAUCGUGUGCAGACAUUGACGAGUGUGAGGACAGCCCAGACAUCUGUGACGGGGGACAGUGCACCAACCUGCCUGGCGAGUACCGCUGCCUCUGCUACGACGGCUUCAUGGCCUCCCUGGACAUGAGAACCUGCAUUGAUGUGAACGAGUGCGAUCUGAACCCCAACAUCUGCCUCCACGGGGACUGUGAAAACACCAAGGGCUUCUUCAUCUGCCACUGCCAGCUCGGCUAUUUUGUGAAGAAGGGGACCACAGGCUGCACAGACAUUGACGAAUGUGACAUUGGGGCCCAUAACUGUGACGUCCACGCCUCCUGCCUCAACGUGCCUGGCAGCUUCAAAUGCAAUUGCCGCCCAGGCUGGGUGGGCGACGGCCUUCAGUGCAACGACCUGGAUGAGUGCGCCACCGAGGAGCACAAGUGCAACUUGAAUGCCGACUGCGUCAACACGCCAGGCUCCUACCGUUGCGCCUGCCGAGAGGGCUUCAAUGGGGACGGCUUCUCCUGUGCCGACAGGGACGAGUGUGCUGACAACGUGAACCUCUGCGAGAACGGACAGUGCCUAAACGCACCUGGGGGUUACCGCUGCGAGUGUGAGAUGGGCUUCAACCCCACCCAGGACAGCCGGGCCUGUCAGGACAUCGACGAGUGCACUCUCCAGAACAUCUGUGUGUUUGGGACUUGCCAAAACCUACCGGGCAUGUUCCGCUGUGCCUGCGACGACGGCUAUGAGCUGGACCGGAGUGGGGGCAACUGCACAGAUGUCAAUGAGUGUGCCGACCCGGUCAACUGCAUCAACGGCCUUUGUGUGAACACCCCAGGCAGCUAUCUGUGUAACUGCCCCCAGGACUUCGAGCUGAACCCUACCGGUGUCGGCUGUGUAGACACUCGUGUCGGAAACUGCUUCCUGGACACUCAGGACCGAGGAGACGGGGGGAUCUCCUGCAGUGCUGAGAUUGGAGUCGGGGUCACGCGGGCCUCCUGCUGCUGCUCCCUGGGACGGGCCUGGGGCAACCCUUGUGAGCUCUGCCCGCCAGCCAAUACAACGGAAUACAAGACCCUGUGCCCUGGAGGAGAAGGCUUCAGACCCAACCCCAUCACGGUCAUCCUGGAAGAUAUCGACGAGUGCCAGGAGCUGCCUGGCUUGUGCCAGGGGGGCAACUGUGUCAACACUUUUGGCAGCUUCCAGUGCGAAUGUCCCCUUGGCUACUACCUCAACGAAGAUACCCGCAUCUGUGAAGACAUCGACGAAUGUUCUGCACACGUUGGCAUCUGUGGCCCCGGCACCUGCUACAACACCCUGGGCAAUUACACCUGUGUCUGCCCCCCUGAGUACAUGCAAGUCAACGGAGGCAACAACUGCAUGGACAUGCGGAAGAGUGUGUGCUAUCGCAACCACAAUGACACGUGUGAGAAUGAGCUGGCCUUCAACAUGACCAAGAAGAUGUGCUGCUGCUCCUACAACAUCGGCAAGGCUUGGAACAAGCCCUGCGAGCCCUGCCCCCCACCAGCCAGCCCCGAGUACCAGAUCCUGUGUGGGAACCAGGCCCCCGGCUUUAUCAUUGACAUCCACACGGGAAAACCCAUCGACAUCGACGAGUGCAGCGAGAUCCCAGCCAUCUGCACCAAUGGCGUCUGCAUCAACCAGAUCGGCAGUUUCCGCUGUGAAUGUCCCAUCGGCUUCAGUUACAACAACAUCUUGCUCAUCUGUGAAGACAUUGACGAGUGCAGCAGCGGAGAGAACCUCUGCCAGCGCAACGCCGACUGCAUCAACAUCCCCGGCAGCUACCGCUGCGAGUGCUCCGUUGGGUACAAGCUCUCCCCAAGUGGGGCCUGUGUAGGACGGAACGAAUGCCAGGAGAUCCCCAAUGUCUGCAGCCACGGAGACUGUGUGGACACCGAGGGCAGCUAUGUCUGUGUCUGCCACAACGGCUUCAAGGUCACCGGGGACCAGACCAUGUGCAUGGACAUUGACGAGUGCGACCGCCGGCAGCCAUGUGGGAACGGGACCUGCAAGAACACCGUGGGCUCCUACAACUGCCUCUGCUUCCCCGGCUUCGAACUUACCCACAACAACGACUGCAUGGACAUUGAUGAGUGUGCGUCCCUCAACGGGCAGGUCUGUCGGAAUGGCCAGUGUAUCAACAGCAUCGGCUCCUUCCGCUGCCUCUGCCAGGAGGGUUUCGACCAGACUGCCGAUGGCAAGAACUGCAUGGAUAUCAACGAGUGCGUAAGCCUGCCCGGCACCUGCUCUCCAGGGACCUGCCAGAACCUGGAGGGCUCUUUCCGCUGCAUCUGCCCACCGGGCUAUGAAGUGCAGAAUGACAACUGCAUCGACAUCAAUGAGUGCAAUGAGGAUCCAAAUACCUGCCUCUUCGGCACCUGCACCAACACCCCCGGCAGUUUCCAGUGCCUCUGCCCACCGGGUUUCGUCCUCUCCGACAAUGGCCGGCGUUGUUUUGACACCCGCCAGAGCUUCUGCUUCACUCGCUUUGACGCCGGCAAGUGCUCCGUCCCCAAAGCCUUCAACACCACCAAGGCCCGGUGCUGCUGCAGCAAGAUGCCUGGCGAGGGCUGGGGCGAUCCCUGCGAGCUGUGCCCCCAGGAGGGCAACGUGGCCUUCCAGGAGCUGUGUCCCUUUGGCCAUGGAGCCGUCCCCGGCCCCGACGACUCACGAGAAGAUGUCAACGAGUGCUCGGAGAACCCGGGCAUCUGUAUCAACGGCGUCUGCAUCAACACUGAUGGCUCCUUCCGCUGCGAGUGUCCCUUCGGCUACAACCUGGACUACACUGGGGUCAACUGCGUGGACACGGACGAGUGCUCCAUCGGGAACCCGUGUGGGAAUGGCACCUGUACCAACGUGGUCGGAGGUUUCGAGUGCGCCUGCGAAGACGGUUUCGAGCCGGGACCCAUGAUGACUUGUGAAGACAUCAAUGAGUGCUCCCAGAAUCCUCUGCUCUGUGCCUUCCGCUGCAUUAACACCUUUGGCUCGUAUGAAUGCACCUGCCCAUCUGGAUACACCCUGCGAGAGGACAGAAGAAUGUGCAGAGAUCUGGACGAGUGUGCAGAAGGCCUGCACGAUUGCGAGUCCCGUGGAAUGAUGUGCAAAAACCUCAUCGGCACCUUCAUGUGCAUCUGUCCCCCCGGCAUGCAGCGCCAGGCCAACGGGGAGGGCUGCACAGAUGAGAACGAAUGCCGCUCCAAGCCUGGGAUCUGCCCCAAUGGCCGCUGUGUCAACACCGUGGGCAGCUACCGCUGCGACUGCAAUGAAGGCUUCCAAGCUGGGCCCUCGGGCACUGAAUGCCUAGACACCCGCCAGGGCUCCUGUUUCAGCGAGGUCCUGCAGACCAUGUGCCAACUGUCCUCCACCAACCGCAACCAGGUCACCAAGUCCGAAUGCUGCUGCAAUGGUGGCCGAGGCUGGGGGCCCCAGUGCGAACUCUGCCCCCUCCCGGGCACAGCCCAGUACAAGAAGAUGUGCCCCCACGGUCCUGGCUAUGCCACUGACGGUCGAGACAUCGACGAAUGCCGAGUCCUCCCCAACCUCUGUAAGAAUGGUCAGUGCAUCAACAGCAUCGGCUCCUUCCGCUGCCACUGCGAUCUGGGCUACACCACGGACAUCACGGGCACAGCCUGCGUGGAUUUGGAUGAGUGCAGCCAGUCUCCCAAGCCCUGUAACUUCAUCUGCAAGAACACAGAGGGCAGUUUCCAGUGUUCUUGCCCCCGUGGCUAUAUCCUCCAGGAGGAUGGCAAAACCUGCAAAGAUCUGGACGAGUGCUCCUCCAAGCAGCACAACUGCCAGUUCCUCUGCGUCAACACCAUCGGCAGUUUCAACUGUAAAUGCCCUCCUGGCUUCACACAGCACCACUCCUCCUGCAUCGAUAACAAUGAAUGCACAUCCCAACCCACCCUGUGCGGGGCCAAGGGGCAGUGCCAGAACACCCCUGGCAGCUACAAUUGCGAGUGCCAGAAGGGCUUCUCCCUGGACAGCUCGGGCAUCAACUGCGAAGACGUGGACGAAUGUGAUGGGAACCACCGCUGCCAGCAUGGCUGUCAGAACAUGCUGGGCGGCUACCGCUGUGGCUGCCCCCAGGGUUACGUCCAGCACUACCAGUGGAAUCAGUGUGUAGAUGAGAACGAGUGCUCCAGCGCCUCGCCCUGUGGCUCAGCAUCCUGCUACAACACUCUGGGCAGCUUCAAGUGUGUCUGUCCGUCCGGCUUUGACUUCGACCAGGCUUUCGGAGGCUGUCAGGAUGUGGACGAGUGCUCAGCCGGGGGCAGCCCCUGCAGCUAUGGCUGUUCCAACACCGAUGGUGGCUAUCUGUGCGGCUGCCCCGGGGGCUACUUCAGAGCUGGACAAGGGCACUGUGUCUCCGGCCUGGGCUUCGGCAAGAACCCCUACCUGCCAGCCAUUCCCGAGGAAGAUGAAGAGAACCUCCUCUCGCCGGACACCUGCUACGAGUGCAAGAUCAACGGCUAUCCCAAGAGGGGUCGGCAGCGCCGCAACGCCAACGAGACCGUGGACACACAGGAGCCCCGGGUGAGCAUGGCCAGCGUGGACACAGACGCCCCGCUCUCCAUCGGGCUGAACCUCUCCGCCCUGGCCCCUGGUCAGCACAUCUUGGAGCUGCUGCCGGCUCUGGAGGCCCUGGAGCACCGGGUGCGCUACGUCAUCGCCCACGGCAACGAAGAUGGAGUCUUCCGCCUCCACCAGCGGGAGGGACUCAGCUACCUGCACCUGGGCCGUAAGAAGGCGGUGCCCGGCACCUACCGGCUGGAGAUCAUCAGUGUGCCCCUGCCCCGUCGGCAGGAACCGGGGCCGGCCCGGGCCACCCCGGAGGGAGAGGUGACACCCCCGCUGCGGGUCAAGCUGCAGCUCCAGCUCUACUAGUUGCCGGAGCCCGAGCCACCCAGACCUCGGUGUUGCCACCGACUGAAACCAAAGCAUCUCCUCUGUCUCUCCUCCCCUCCCUCCUUCCCCCGACCCCCACCCUCCGCCCCGGGGGACCUGGCCAGGGUGGGGAUGGGGACCGGUUUUUUGACCUAGUAUCUUUUUGUUGAAAAACAUAAAAGCCAAAAAAACCCAAAAAAAACCAAAAAAAAAAAACCAAAGGUGUUUAAUAUUUGUAAAUUAAAAAGAAUGUUAUUUUGCCAACCUCCUUCUGCCCCUCCUCCCAGGGACCCCCGCCGAGAGGAGCGGCGGAGAGGUGUGAGCCGGGCCCUUGGCGGCCACCUCCUAGGUGCUAUGCUGUGCCGGCGUUGGGCCGGCUAGCUGUCUGGUGCUUGUGAUUUUUUUUUCCAUAUCCAUUUCCCAUACUCAUCCUCUUGGCCUCCGAGAGCCAGCUGCAGCCGCCUCGACCCCCAGGACCCCCCAGGGUUUCCCAUGUGCAGGAUUGUGAACAUGUGCAAUAAGAGCUGAUCCCCACCACCCCGGGCACCGUCUCAGGAAGCUGUGUUUCCAAAAUGCUGGCCCAGGCUCCUGGAAGGGAUGCCCGCAGGGGAGCCUAGAGAGACCUGGUUGGAGCAGCCGGGGGGAAAUCUGGCCCACGAGUCUGUGGUGGGUAAGGGGAGAGCCGAGAGCUGCUCCUUCCUGGCACGGGCAGCCUCCCCACACGCAACCGCCUUCCGCGGGGCUGGUUGGCUCAGGGCCAGACCCUGCCCUUGAGCCCCCUGGCCAUGAGGCCCGUGUGCUCUCGGGCCCUAGAGCCAGCCCACUCCAACCACGCUGGGCCACAGCCUGUUGGCCGGGACCCAGAGAGAUGGAGGGAAUUUGCUGGCCAGGCGAAUGGGCACCAGCCCUUAGGCUCCCAGCAAGAGCCUGAGUGCCCUCCGGCUGCGGGUGAGUCUGAAAAUCAAACUUGCCCCAAGUCCAAGUCCCGCCCAUCAGGCUGCCGCCACCCAGCAGGAUCGGGACCUGGUCCCUGACCCUGGGUGCAGGGCGCAGCAUUGGCAGGCAGAGGGAUCGUUGAUCCCAUCUGCUGCCAGCUGGGCAGCUGGAGUCUUUGAUCCAAAGUCUUUGUCUCAGGGGCCUGCAGGCAGCCUGGCCCCAGGCCUGUGUGAGGAAAGAGAAGGGGUGUCCCCGGGAUCAGGUGCCUGAGCCGUAAGGAUUCUUAAUGCUCACCGGCAAAGUCAAACGUGUCCCCCACUGCUCCAGGAAUCCCAAGGGCUUUGGGCAGGAAAGACAGAGGGUCCCAGAGGGAAGAGCAGGUACAUGGCAGAUGGGGAUUCUGGCCCCAAACCUGCUUCUACCCUACUACUCGUUGGCCCCAGACAAGUCACUAACCAUCUCUAAGCCUCUGUCUUUCCAUCCAGAAAACAGGGAGAGUAAUUUCUGCCCUUCCCCACCUCCUGGAAAUGGUGUGGACACACAUGAGAUCAUGCUGUGAAUGCCCUGUGGGGAAUCACUGCCCCUCCGCCUCAUACCCUCCCCACCUUUCCCAGAGAUGCCGUGUCCCUUAAUCUUGCACAGUUCUCUCCAUUCUCGGUUCCACACUGUACAUCACCAGACAAGACUUAACGGUGCUGACAACCUCCUAGGGACCCCCCCAUGCCCACCUUCUGGCCGGUCUCCCCUCUCCCCCCGCCAGCAGCUGGUCAUUCUUCAAAGCUGGUGCUAGCUAGCCUUACUGUUCCCAGCACAAUCUCCCCUCCUGCACCGAGCUCCCAGGAGGAGGGGUCAUUCUGGGUACUUGGAUGGGGGAAUGACAGGGGGUUGGGGGUGGGGGGUGUUGGGAGGAGGGGUUGGCCAAGGGUGUGUUUCAGUUUUAUUACUUUUUUUUCUCUGGUAUAUUGGGGUUUGUUUUUGGUAAGCUACCACUUCAUGGAGUGUUUAGGGAAUGUGUGUUUACUGUAUUUUUGGUAAAUCUCAAACUUGAAAACUCUGCAUCCUACUGCGGGGAGCCCCCGGCCUGGGCUGGGGGUGAGGGAAGGAGAGAGAGUGGUGGCCCGGAGGUGUGUGGCCCUCAAUCUGACCCCACCAGUAGCCCCUUCUGGAUUUUGGGAGGAAGGACUGGGGGAUGGGAUGGGUUUUGCUGGCCCUUGGGCUGUAAGAAACAAAGGUGAUGGCCACUGAGAGUCUCCUUCCCUCUUCCCCCAUCCCUAGGCCCCCUGGGCCCACUCUCUCUGGACUCCCUUUUUGUAUCAGAAGCAACAGCAACAAUAAAAUUAUUUUGGGUUAA